GUGCGCGACAGGAUCGUUUUCGUUUAAGUUCUGUUUUUUUAUUCACGUUUCUCUCUGUCUCCGUGUUUAUAUUUUAUUGCCCGAUCUCGUGCAUUUCGUAGUAGCAAGCGAAAAACAUUCACGAUUUAAACACACUUGUGCCCAGUUGGUUUUGUUUAUAUUUCAAAAUUCGUGGAAGUGAUUUUAUCUUCACAGCGCGUCUACGAGUGAGAGUUUUCAGUUAAUGGGAUCGAUUUGAAAUUAGUGCUGAAAUAUAACGGAAUGAAUAAUUGAAAAGAAAAAUUGCAUGAAGAAGUGUCUGAAAUAGCCGGAAGGUAGAAAUUGGCAAUUUGAAAAAGAAAAUCCCACAGAUUUAUUGAAAAAGUGAACGUUUCCAAGUGACAAAGUGUUAAGUUUAACGGCAAACGCCAAAGAAAAAAAAAUAUUCCGAUGAGAAAACUUGUUGCAAGGUGCAUGUCAAAGGCGCUUAUGUGCCCACUGAAAUAGAGAAAAAAGAAGAACAGUGAGAGGAAAAAAAAUGUGUGAUCAAUGAUUUCCGCUUGAGUGUGGGAAUUUCGAUCGAUAGAAAAGGAAGAAAUAAAUAUAGUAAAGCCACGCAUGUUGUUUAAAAAAGGAGCUAAGUGCAGUGAUGUUCGUGUGUUUGCCUGUUGAAUGGAUAUUUCCGCUAAUUUGAUUCCUAGAUCGAAUUACAUUCAAUGUUUUGCUCGAUGCUGGGAACCAAAUUCUUGCAUCUGUUGAUUGAUUACUAUCAUCUAUACAUCCGACGAACAAUACCGUGGUGCUGAGCACGAAGCAACUUCCUGAACAUUAACCGUGGUGCAUCGACGCAAUUUUGGGUGAAAAUAACAGUCAGUUCGUGGUCAAUUAGGCGUGAGCAUUGAGCAUUUUGUGCCGACCGUUUCGGAAAGGAUUUACGGCCGUUGAAUUUGUCUCUGUUGAUUUGUGUCUGUUGUUGUUAUUAAUAUUGUGAAUGUUCAAAGCAAUGAAUCGUGACUCAGCACGAAAGUUAAGUGACAGUGACUUCUGGCAAAUAUGCCACGAAAUGCAUCCGAGUACAAAUUAUACAUUUCCUGUGGCUCCGAUGCUGGGUGUGGCAAACAAUUUGGAUAAUUUUGUCUCGAAUCUCGAAAGUUUGGAUGAACGUCUCGGUUUUGAGCAACACGUUUCGACGAGCGAAGAAGUGUCGAGUGAUGAUUCACUGCAAAAUCUCUAUGUAAAAAAGCAGCGUGCACAUCGAAAACUGAUGAGUACCCAUGCGAAUUGUGUAAAUACACAAAAGAUUCUCGAUACAAUCGAUUUGUUCAACGAUGAAGACGAAGAGGACAAACGAGAGUGUGGGAAAAUGGGUGAAAACGGUAAAAGUGACGAAAGCAACAAUACAAAUCACAAACAAAAUGAGCUCAAGCUCAACCGAUUCGACACCAAUGAAAUAGAUGCAAUUCAAAAUGCCGAUGAUUUACUGUUGAAAAUUGCGGACAGUGUACAACAAUUAAAAACGAAUGUCAAUCAAAUGAGCGAACUGAAUCAUAAACGCGAAACAAGUUCGACGGAUGCGUUUGCAGUAGGCGAUUUGAUUGACUUUAGCGACGAUUGGACUAACGGUGAAAGCGAUAACAACCUUCAUGCGAGUGACAAGCCCAUAAAGAAAGUCACGCACUCAUGCGUUCAAGGAUCACUUAAUGAUGGUGUAGGCAAUGAAAGGCUUCCAUAUGUCAAAUUUGAGCAGAGAAAAAAUUUAUUAAAUAAUAACACAGGAAGAGCCGUUGCUUCAAAUGAAACUAAAUACGAUGCUAAAAUGGAGUUGAACAACCAUAGAAGUGGCGUACAGGUGAACUAUUGCGAUGAAUGGCAUACUGAAAACGGUAAUGAUUAUCCGUCACCAACGACAAGCGAAAGCAGCAACGGCAGCAGUUGCAGCUACACGGACAGCUUGAGCAAUAGUAGUAGAAGCACUGUCAGUGACAAUUUCAUUGAGACUGAGACCAGCGUUGGCCAUACGUGCACGAACAGCAACAGUCACACACUGAAUACCGAACACAAUAGACCGUACGAAUUUGAGCAGUGCGCACAUCAAACGCGACCGAACGGCAUACGUACAAAAAUUAACGGCGAUGACAAAGGCCUAGUAGCACAUCCACUUGCUUGCCAGUCGAAUGCUGCGAUUUCUCGUGCAAAAAUCAACAUUGAAACAAACAGCGAAAAAGACAGUUCGAACGGCGCAUGUGCUGUACAUACAUUCGUCACCUUCACCCACACGAUACGAGACAAUAACGAAGUGAAUUCAUCGAUCGAGCCACAACCGCUGCCAUUUGGGGGAGAAAAGGCUCCACAGGACGUGCUUAAAACGUCAUCGGCUUCAGAGCAACACACACAACCAGCUAACGAUUGUAAGCAAGUUCGUAUUGAGUCUUCGGUUGUAGUAACGCAGCCGGAACCGUCUGCCAUACCAUCGUCAUUCAUCGAACCAUUACCACUAGAUACCAGCACAUCGGCACACAGUUUUAGUUUACAAGCUGAAUGGGAUGCUGAUAAAAACAACAAUCCUUUGCAUUACAAGGACAAACGAACAAAAGCUCUUCCACUCUGUACGGACAAAUCACAUAAUUUAUCAGCAACACACGAGAAGAGUAUAAAUUCCAGAUAUUUUUGCGGUGAAAAUCAAUUGAAAAGGGUCAAUGUAAUAGCAAGUGAAAAAUUUGUGCCAAUUUUAUGUGAAAAACUCGAACAAAAUCCAAGCAAAGUCAAUCGAAAUUUGAGCACAGCCAGUGCUGCGUCGACACCAAUAUUUUCAUGUGAUGCAGACAACAAAGAUGAAAGCGAACACGUCGCUCGUAGCAAUGUGAAUGCGAAAAUAUGUUUGCGAAAAAACUCGACCAAAUGUAAAUUAAAAUAUCGAAAAACGGUGCAUGGGUGUUGGUGUGAGCAGAAAUUAGGAAUUUCAGUGGGAAAAACCAAUAAAUUGAAUCAAAAGUGUAACAAACAACGAGGUGGUAGCAGACUCAAGUGUCGAAAAGAGUGGAACAAUUGUGUAAAACGUCAGAAGAAAAACGCUGAUCGAAAAAAUCGAAUUGGCAAGCAGGUACGGUGUAAUUGCAAGUGGAAAUGCUGUCGUGGCCAUUUAUGUGAUUAUGAUUUAUGUGAAACGCUUCUAGUGACGUCUAAUACGAGUGGCGAAAUAAAAUCCAGUCGCCAUCCAGUGGUUAAUAAUAAUAUACUGAUUGCAAAACGUGAAUACGAUGCCAAUGUUGCAAGAAAUAAUGAUAAUCGUAGUGAAAAUUUUGUAAGAAGAAAAUCGGUGCAGAAAAAAAUCCAAUCGUCUGGUGGUCGAUCCGCGGAUGGUACAAUCAGUCUGUCUCAAUCGAAACGCCGUAGUGGUAGUAAUGAUAAUACGUGCGAUACAGUAACAUUACCAUAUUCAUCGACAACAACAACGACGACGACGACGUCUUCGACGACAAGUACCGUGUACGAUGCAGCAGUAGAAACGACGGCAAGUGAUACGGACCAAAGUUUAAAAGCUAUAAAUAAAGCACUGUACAUUGACAGCACCAACAGCAACAGCAACAACAACAACAACGAGCAUAAUCGCUUAAUUACUGCAACCGCGACCGAGCUCUGUGCGAGUGAUGUGUUAGUUGAUGCAGAUGAAUCCAGAAAAAUACUUGAACUAUCGCCACCCAUUGAAAAGAUAAAGCAAGUGCUCAGUGCAGUAAAGUGUAGCGAUACUGAUCUUAGUGCCGUUAAUUGUGAUAAUAAUCGGUGUUGUGUUGAAAAUGCGACAAAGCCAACAAAGUGUGACGAUAGCGCGAAUAGUGUCACCACACUCAAUGCGAAUUCAUUGAAAAACUCGCUGAAAUUUAGCGAAAGCUGCGAUUCGAUAUUUACAUUGAAGCGCUUUGCUCCGACGUCGUCGACAUCAUCAUCGUUGCUAUCGCUAAACGGUGGAGAGCCAUUUGAAGCGAGCAAUCGCUUACGACGUCUCGAAGAACGUUUCAAAGACUUUGCCAUUACCUCGGCGAACAAAAAAGGUAGGUGUGUGAACAACAAUAAUUUGUCGCAGUCGUCGACAAUCCCAACGCACCAGCAGCAAAUUCAGCUAAAACUUGAUAGCAAAGGUCAUUUCGACGCCAGUACAAAACAACAAGAGCGGCAACAGCAUCAACAGCAAAUUAUAGAUGCGUCGCCAUCCAUCGAAUCGCCAACUAACUCGGUCACUGAUAAAACGCUCGCCGAACCAAAGAGUUCACAUUUGAGUGAUGGUGUCAUUAGCAGUGAAAAUGAGAGCAAUUUAAAAUACAGUGACGGCAAUAAUAAUCACAUCAAAUUAAAAACCCAUACCAACGAAAAAGUCAUCGAAUCUGAAUGUAAGCAGCAUAUUUGUUGCGCGCACACAUUAUACAAACGUAAACAAAGUGAACAUUUUAAUUCCAGUGAAGUGGACAGACGUGAAUCGCCAAUUGGUGUAGACAAAUUUAUAGGAAACAGUACGGACAACCACCCUAUAAUUCAACGAGCUUCCACUUCAGACGAAGACGAAGGCGACGACGACUACAACGACAACGACGACGACGGACCAACCGUCGACGUACGGCAGCAAAAAGCUAGUCAGCCUCAAUCCAUUGUCGACGAAAGCUCAAUAAAUAACUUUGAUGAUUCAAGUACUGGUGCGCAACCAUACAAGGCGUAUGAUUCGCAAGAGAGCUCAUUAAAAAGGGAUUCCACUCAGCAGCAACAGAAAAUCCAGGCAGCAAACGAAUUCAAAGACGAUAAACCUAAUCCGAACAGUAAAUCAUCAACGAAAUCAUUGAGUAACGACCAAUCACCAACAAUCAAUACAUGCGAAGAGAGCGAUAACAUUGGCCGAAGCCAAAGCAUCAUUAAUUUUGAUGGUAACAAAAAUAACCUUGAACAAAUAUUAGACGAUAAAAACCAAACGAAAGGAAUUCAUCAAAAAGAUACACAAGCCAACAACGGCAACGACUGCGACGAGCGAGAAGCGGAGCAAAAAUCAACCAAAGAAAGCACAUCGAAUGCAAAUGAAGCUCAAGAGAGCUGUGCAGAAGUCGAUGUUCAACAGCUCGAUAAUAUAGCGAAUCGUUUAAUUAAUUGUACGCCCGUGUCAAUAAGCACCGAAUCCGAGGAAGUUUGCAAUCUUUUCCCCGAAAAUCAGCGCAUAACUAGCGAUUCGCCAUUCAUUUAUCGUGACGAAGAGCUCAAAACUAAUUGCAUUUUUGACGUACGCCAGUUAAGCGGAUUCCAUUUGCCGCCGUUCGAUAACAUUUUCGAGUGCUAUGAUGAAUUGGAAGAUGAUGUUGAUGACAGCGAAAUUCCAAUUUACGGUCUCAAUGUAAAUCAAUCAAAAGACAUUUUAAAUAAUAACGACGACGACGACAACGACAACAAUGAUGCUGAAUUAACUAGUUGUGAUCCAGAGCAAUUAAAUUUUCCGUCAAAUUACUGUCAGUGCACCAUUGAAUCAAUUGUACCAUUGUAUCCCGAAGCCUAUCGACCAACGUCAAAUAAAACAGCUGCAAUCAUGCGAGACAUGACAAGUAGUGGCACUUUACGUGGUUUAUUGAAAAAACCCAAUCGACCGCCACCGUCGCAGAAAAACCGUGUCAUAUUCGAUGAAACACGGAACGAAUUCUUCGAUGCCGAUUACAUUAUACUGGUACGAGAUGAUUGCCCAUACGAUGAGGAAGACGAAGAGCCGUGCACGUGUGGCGAACACGAACUGGUGCGGUUAUGCUGUGAUGAGGGUUGUCAAUGCACUGCAUACUCCGAUGAAGGACGCACACCACAGAGUCCCAAAUAUGCACCGCCCAUGGAAUUUGUGGAUCAAGCGGCAUUGAGUCCGCCUGAAGGUUAUAAGGAUGGCGGUUUGCAGCAAGCUUUAGGUGGUGUUCUAGGUAGUCACAUCUUUGGAGCUCAACAUAUUCAACAGCUGCAGGUGAUUCAACGAUUGCAGGCAAAACGGGCGGCUAUGUUGGCCGCUCAGCGUAACAAUAACGGCACUAGCCAAAGUGGUGGCAGUUCAAAAAAUCAAUCUACACCACCGCCACCGCCGCCUCCAUCACAAACCAUUUGCACCGAGUGUGCUGAAUGUACGGAGUGCGCGGCAAAACAGGAACAUGAAGAAGCUUUACCACCACACAUGGCACUGUUAUCGAUCCAAGCAACGUCACCCGAGCGACGGUUCACGCAAAAAGAAAUAAUCGCCGGUGAGGAACGACCAAAAUAUUUGCUCAUCAAACAGCAUCAAGACUCUGUUUCAUCCGGAUCAAGUGUCACAUCUGCAGCAGCUACAGCUACGGACACCAAAACAGACGAUGUACAGAAAUCAACGGCUGGAACAAACGAACCUCGUAGUACAUAUCUAAAUUCAGAUAUUAGCUUGAAACCAACUAGCAUCUCCGCACAAAUCACGGGCAUUCUCAAGGGUGGUAAAUUAUGGAAGAAUGAUACGGCACAGAGUGACGAAACCACAUCGAGCGCCACAUCAGACGAUGAAAUAUCAAGACGUUCCGUGCGUUUCAUUGAUGGCGGCAAUGCAAAAGGUAGUGAAAAUUCAAGCGAACCAGAUCAGGAUGUUUGCGAUGGUGAGUCUGGACUUGGAAGUAGCGAACAAAAUGGUAGUGUAACCACAACGGAAACGGAUGUUGAUUCUGACUCAAUGAUGAAACAGUCAACACUGUUCCAUAACUCAUUGAGACCGAAUUCGGCGGUGCGUCAAUUAUUCCCAUCGGCUGUUUUAAAUACAAAUGCACAGCCAACACAAACAUUAACUCACGAAGCCUUGCGGGCAUUUGACGAGUCAAAACGUAGUCAGUUGAAAUCGACCAUUGUACACAGUGAUUCCGAAACGGACACAAUUCGACGCACAAUCGAGCGAAAUGCACUUCGACGAUCGCUCAUCAAGUAUGAACCAAAGAAAAAGGCAAUAAAGCCAAACACAACGCUUGAAGAGCGCAUUCGUAUGUUGACUUGCGAUGUGGACGAACCGCAAAAUGAAAAUGGGUCUGAAAAUGGCAAACAGCUCGAACGACGAAGCAGUCCAACGGGCGAAGAGAAUCCACAGCCACAAGUUACAAAAUAUGUGCCUGACAAAAGUUUCUCACCAAUUUCAACGGCAUCUAGUUCAUCAGGUAGCUCAAUUUCGGCCUAUAAACGAAUCACUGACAUCUUCCACAAAGACAAACGCCACGAACGCAUCCCAGAAGCUGAUGAGAAUCCAAUUGUUAUCAUUCCACAGCAAUUGCAACAGGAUUGUCGAUGUCCAUCGGCUCCAGAUCUUGGAAUGGGCUCACAUUUGCCAAAUGCAAAUAAUCAAUUGCAAGCGGUUCGGCCAAGCGAUGCACGUAGACAGUUUUUGAGCACACUGGCUCCAUUGACCGCAUGUGUGGCUGGCCAAAGAGACGAUAUGUCAUUCUAUUCAUUAGCUACGGGUGACCGCAAUUCAACUGGUAGCUCACGUUGUUCGGAGUAUAGCAUAGGUGAUAUCGAUGCAAUUUUGCAAAAUGAUGAUGCCAAAAAAGUGGCACCAGAUGUUAUUGCCGGCACACCUGGCCAAGAGCAACACGAUGAGCUUGCUGCAUUCGCACAGCAGGACGCUACACGAACUGAACGCAUCAAGAAGCGUUACAAUCAAGAAGCAUCGGUUACAGCUUCGGUGCCCACAUCGAACGCUGGUUCUGAUGAUGAUGACGAACAAAAUGAUUACGGUUUCAAUCAUCGGCCAUCGGUUCGUGGCAUUAAGCCUCGAUCGAACGAAGAGAUGCUCGAAGAGAUGCAAACACAACUAUCUAGUGCUUCCGUUACAAAACCACCGCCGUUACUUCCCCGUAAGAGUGGUCAGUCAAAUACAUUGCCAAAAGCAAGUACUCAAUCGCUUCAAUCGAAAUUGAUUAGUCAAGUACAACAGCACCAGCAGCAGCAGCAGCAACAACAACAGCAGCAGCAGCAACAACAGGCUCAAACACAACAACAAAUCGCUAGCAUCGUGCAUCAGCAGAAUAUUUCAACAUGGAACGCGUAUUAUCAGGAGCAAGCACAACGAAAUAGUUUGCCAGCUAAUACUCCGGCUACUUACUUCCAACACUUACCGAUUGCAGCUCGUCACAGUUUUCAUCAAGAGGAAUCGACCAUCUAUCAAAAUUGCCAGGGAGUCGCAAUGGAACAACACUACGGGCAAACAAUCGCAGCUCGAAGUCCAACACGACGACCCGAAUCGCCACCACCACUGCGAAACUAUCAUCAGACAAUGGUAUUAAUUCCGUAUAACACAGACACAUACGCACAUUUUGCUACAGCAGAUCAAAUUGCCGCACAACAAUUUGCCCAACACCAAAACAUUUUAGAAUAUCAACAGGUGACGCAACAAACGAUCCGUGUACCGAUCGGGUAUCCAUUGCCUGGAAUGCAAUUGCACGUUGUGACUGGAAAUGCAAAUCAGCCAGGCUAUGCUCAAUAUGCGACUACGACACGGCAACAAACUCAAUUGAACGCAGCCACUCGACCAACCUACGGAUAUAUUCAGGAGAAUCAAGUGCCAGCUGCCGUUAAGUACACGGAACGCGGUGCACCCGAAGGACAAGCAGCAAGCGUCUCACAGUCCGAUUGCUCAUUGAUACCAGCUGUACCAAGUAGUAUGGCCGCCAAUACUCCGGUCACAUCAACUGCAAACAGUACACAAACCUCUAAUACAUCGACCACAGCCCAACAGGGGGCUGUUUUCUAUGCCAUGAAUGUUUGAUCCAAGAUUUAGGAAAAGUUGAUCAUUUUUAGGCGGUAGAAGAGCAAGAAAUAAUCGAACGUCUUACUUACUUUUAUAUGGAGUUUCCAAAAGCUAGUGCCAAAAACAAAAAUAAACAGAAGCAAACUCAUUUGAUUUGCACACAAUUCACACGAGUUGAAAUGAUGUAGUGACGAGAUUUUUUUUUUGUGGCAUAUGUACCGUGACAACAGUUUUAAGGAUAGUUUUUUUUAAAGAUCGAACGAAUUGAUUAGUAGCAUUUGAAGCAGAAUUUUCAUAGAACAACAGACUAGAUUUGUUUUUACGAGCUUAACUCAAAUUCGAACGAGAAAUCAAUUUGCUCGAUUCAAUCAUUGAUCAUGGCAUGUAUUUGAAGAAGAAAGAACACAUACACAAUAGCCUAUGUAAAGUAUUCAAUAAUCGCGAGAAGAUCUGUAUCACAUUUUAGUUUGUAAAUGUGUCAUCGUUUAUUCAUUUUAUGGAAAUCAAAGCCAAAACCUAAAA